GCGGAGCGGAGGUGGAGGACCCGUUCGUUCGUCCGUCCGUCCGUGAGUCAGUCAGUGAGAACGAGAUGUCGUUGAGUGAGCAGAGUCCGGUACCGUCUUCUCCUCAGCCGCACAGACAGGAGGCGGCGGCCUGCCACACCGCCAGGAUGCCGGCCUGGAAGAGGGAGAUCCUGGAGCGGAGGAAGGCCAAGCUGGCGAGCCCGGCGGCGGACAGCCGGAGCUGGAUCCCGAGUCGGCCGGCGGCCCAUAGCAACCGGACGGGAGAGGCGGAGCGGGACCGGGAGCCGGGCCGGGGGCCUGCUGCUACUGCUGGCGUUGAGGCCGGCUCGGAGGCCGCUCCGGGGAGCGCCGUGCUGCUGGAGAGCAUCGCCCCCCUCCAGGAGAACCCCUUCAUCAAGCGGGAGCGGCGGCGGCGGCUAGCCGAGCGCCAAGCCUCGGGAGGCGGCGGCUUCCCCUCGGCCAAGCCGGUGCAGCAGCUGCUGGAGCUGUACAGCCACAUGCCGGGGGUCCGCACCAUCCAGGCCGACAACAUCAUCAUCAUCGAGUCCGACCCCGACUACUUCCCCGAGGCCGGCCCGCCCCGCCUCAGCACCGUCAGUGAGCUGCUGUCCCGGGCCGGCCAGGGCAGCGUGGCCGAGAUCCGGGCGGCCGAGGUGCUCGUCUACCAGGGCCCGCUGAGCCGGAGCGAGGAGAACCUGAGCACCCUGGGCGCCGAAGAGGCGAGGCCGGCCGAGCUGCACGGCAAAGUCAGCCGCCUGCUCGAGAAGUUCGACCAAAAGUAUGUGAAGCCAACCCGGUCACGGAGUACGGAGAAUCUGCUGGACGGCUUCUCCCCCUCCAAGGACCGGCACAGAAAGCCACUCGUCUUGCCAAAACCCCCCUCAGUCAGCAAGCAGAGCCAUGGAGCAGCGACACAGGAAGGCCAGUCCAGAGCUGGAGUCAGUCCAUCCCCCGAGGGGCUGAGGUCUCCUGGCCCUCACUUGGAUAAAGUAUCCCCUUCUCAGUCUAAAUCCUUCCCGUUGUCUUCGCCCACCAAGUACUCUGCCCCUUUGUCUCCUAGCCACACACCUUCUGUUCCCACUGUAGCCUUACAUGAUCAGGAGAAUGCUAAAUUGAGUGUCAGUGAUAAGACUGUGUCUGAAGACAGACACUUUUCUGUGUCCUCUUAUCGUAAGCAGUUUGAGAGUGUGCCCGCUAAUGGAUGGCAGCUCAGGCAAAAAGAAUCGCCCCCAAGGAAAACUCCGUCUCAUCGGAACAACGAGAACAUCUUAAAGGAUUGGACCACCAAGGAGAAUAAAUUAAUGGUGAAUGGUCACCCAGAUCUCGAUUUAGUGGAGACCGACUCAUUCUCUGUGAAUGAAGGAGAGGUGCAGAGUGAAGAUCAGAUGGAUGCAAAUGGAAUUGGGAGUGGUCAGGUGCCUUAUUCUAUCAGUUCUUCCAGCAGUGAAGUUUCCAUAGGGACUAGUACAUGGAGGUCAGAGUACGAGGGAAAUCAAAGGAAAGCUUCAAAAUCAAGUCCUGAGACACCCCAGCCUGCUACAGCUGGUGGUUCCAGACAGUCAUCUGCAAAACCCAGUGCCACUCCCUCGGGGAAGGUGAACCAAAACCACAAAGUGGAAAGUUCAGCCAAAGUAACUCCAAACCAGUGCAAUGGUGUGUCUGCUUCCACCAGCCUGAACAACUCUUUUGAAAUUGUACCUGCCAAACUUCCAGAUUUUUCAUCCAUUCCAGAAGAUGAUAUCCAGGCAAGGGCACUAGCAAACCUUAAAAAGCAGUCCAGGAACUCAUUUGUUGUGAUUCCAAAGAAGAGAGCGGGUGCCUGUGUGGCAUCCAGUGAAGUUUGUGAUAAUAGGGACAUGAACAAAACUUGUGAAAAGCCAAAAAUUGAAAACAGUGCUUCCAUUUCUGAGGUUCAAACAAGUAGAAUUUCAGCUGUUUCUUUGGCAAGGAUCAACCCAUCUGAUAAACAGAAUAAGGAAGGAAAAUUGCUUGUUAGGGAGCCGCUUCUUCCAAAAGCAGAUUUCAAGCCAAAGGAUGAAGACACCUUGAAUAAAUCUACAUCAAGCGGUAGCUAUGAUGUCUAUUCUGAGCACAUGAAUAAUCAACUUUCAGCUGGGAAAGAAACAACUAGCGUGUUGCCUACUGCGAUGUCAGAAACAGAGUGGAAUGCUGAAUCCACUGUAAUCAUUAAAAAAGUGACCCCUCGGAUCGAAGAAGACCUCCCAGUCACGAAUAUAGAUGAUAUCUUGGUAACAGAAGAGAAAGAAACUUCCAAACAGCCAACUAGAGCCAAAUCAGCUGUAGCAAAGGACAAGCCUGCUGAAGAAUCGUUUGGUGGCUCACAGCACUCCUUUGUGCAGCGAAAGAGUGGAAACACCUUCACCAUUGUUCCUCAACGGAAGCCAGCUAGUAAAGAACUGCAGCCCUCUGUCAACACAAAUGAGAUUUCUCAGGGAAAUGGGACUGAUGAGCAGUCAGUGGAAGAUCCUGAACCAUCACUUGCCAAACUGGGGGUGUUAUUGAAGAAGCGCUAUCCUCUUGCUGAGGAGAUACAGGUGAUUGGAGGCUAUCUGUCAUUGGAGAGAUCCUGUUUGUCCAAGGCUGAUUCCACGAGAAAGAAGAUGAAGAUUUCUUUCAACGAUUCUAGUCUGCACACGACAUUUGAGUAUCCGUCUGAAAACGCGCUCAUUCAAGAGGUGGAAUCUGAGGAGAGUGACAACAAUGAGGAAGAGCAGUCCUCAACGUUCUUCUUUCCACGUCCCAGCUACACCAGCUCUCCCACAUCACCAAGCAGCCCCUUAAGGACUAAUACCCGAGUCUCAGCCUUUACAAACUACACUCCUAAACAUACAAUGUCAUUAAACACAUGGCAGGAACAGAAGCUUGAUGGAUCAGUUUCUGGGAGGGACAGCUCUCUGCAGGAUACAGAAUCCACAACUGAAGAUGACAUGCUCACACCAGCGGAUAGUAGCUCCCACUCUGAUUACAGCAGCGAACCAGCUCUGUACUUCUGACCUGAAGGAGACGGGAUUUGGGAAUGGUAAUUGAGCACUCCAGCAUUUGGGAUUUGCUUACCAGGGAGACCUGGAACGGCAAAAGCAUGCUGCGUUCCCUCUGAAAUGUGGCUAGCCGUCCUUUGAAAAGCCCAUACUCCUCAUCGCACACAGUUUGGGCCGUAUCCCAGAACUGACAUUUCUCUUGAGGGCAAAUUGAUCUUUCAUUCCUCCACAUCCCGUUGGAUUUCUCUUUUGCCUCCGAAGAGAUCAGCCUCCAGGCUAAUGAGGCCCACACAGAAUUUAUGUGGCAGCUUUGAGGUUCAGAGACCAGUUGCCUGCACACUGAGUUUGCAAUGUUUGCACUUGCUCUCACAGGGCUGUGAUCUAUAUUUCUAAAUCAUUCCUGAACACUGCCAUGGACACUGAAGCCUAUAUACAGAUGAUAAUGACCAUUCAAUUUCUCACAGAAGACUUAAGUUAUUGUGUGCUUUGGCCUUGGUCACCUUUGUCCUUAAGAGUAUUGGGCCUGUAUGAGGGCCAGACCCUGGGCCAUGGUUUUUAGGAUUGACUGUGUCUGAGUUGCAUUCCCAUUUACAAUGUUGUACACUGGGUCCUGGAUGUAUGUAUUGUACUGUUAAAAGAUUGUGUGUCAUUUCCACUGUGCCACAGUUUUUACUGGUGGUGGUCCUGGUUACAGGGUGUCCCCAGGACUAUAACCGUUUCCAUUUUCUGCAUUUAUUUUCUGCUUUAAUAUUGUAGUUUGCCCUGACACUCUAACUUGAGGGCCUCCUGGUGAGGCUGAGCUGGGCGUAGGGCAGUUUGAGUGAGCUGUGAGAAUGCUAAACCCGCCCCUUCCAGAGCUCGAAGACAGUAGUUUGUCAGAGUUUCUUUGAGAAAUGUAUUUUGUGCCAUGUAUUCACUGGGCAGCUGGGACUGUGGGAGGGAGUUCCUAAAUAGGGACGGGUGUGAGUGAGUCGAGUUGAGUUUUUUGUGCAUGCAACGUUACACUGGAGUGAAAGCUUGAUGGUGCCUUAGGCUGAGCCUAUCAGAUGUUAAACUUUCACCUGUUUUAAAUUGCCAGUGAUGGAGGACCAAGCCCUUCCUCCUGUCUUUGUGCAGCUACUUGGCCUGAGUGCACAUUCUGCAUAUUGGACAUCACAGACUUGUAUUGUUAAUUUCACAUGCAACAUUGAUGUAAACUGUCACAGAGAGAUGGAUGUUAAUAACAUGGGAUAGUCUUGGAAUUGAAGCAAAAAUAUUUUUUUGCUAGAGUGUUUGAUGUUAACAGCCAUACACAUUCACCACCUGAUUAGGAUCUAGACAUUAUUCCUGAUCAUCUAGCUGGGCUUUUGUUAUUAGGAGAGGCACUAAUUUUGCUUUCCAGAUCCUACCAGGAAAGAUCCCUAGUUAAUCAGGAUAACUGGAGCCUUAAAAUUCUGCUGUAACCUUUGUGUAUUUGGACAGUGUAAUAAACUGUACUCUCAGAACAUUCCACUUUAACCUCCAGAGUAGAGUAUUGCAAUCCAAGUUGUCUUGGAGGCUGCUUUUCAGCGUUCAAGCUUGAGUGUGGCAGAGUUGGGAUUUGCUGGAGAAAGCGAGAAAGAAUGAUUAAUUAUUCAAACUAAUCUCAUCCCAAGGCACCACGUGUUGGCUGAAUUGUGUACAGAAUGGCAUUUUGUGUUGGGACUUUACAUUAGCUCUGACUGGGAGUGGCAGGGAGAGAGAGAAAAAGUAGGUUUAAGGGUGUAGAAUUAGGUUUGUGGGAAUGCAUUGAUUGCUGUAUCACCAUUUCCAGAUUGUUUAUAGGUGGAAAUGUUCUUUAGCCUGUGGUGGUGAUUGAAUCGCAUACACAUAAUAAUGGAAACUGGUUGAUCCACAGAAACUGAGAGCAGCAAAAUACUCUAAUUACUUGGGCAAUGUGUUUUCUGUUUUAAAAGGAGGUAAAAUUAUGUAGGCGUUGAGAGACAUUUCUAUCGUUUUAGAAUAAACUAAGUUCUAAUCAGAAAAUUGUUUGAUCAGGUGAGCGAAAUGGAGCAUUGAAUGUUUUGGGAGAAAUGUCUCGACCACUAAAUUGAUUCCAUAUACACUCCAGUAAAAUAUAAUCAUAAACACAAUUUGCCUUGAUUGUGUCUGGCUGCAGUUUGAUGGGUUUAUUACCUCAGGAAUGUCUCCUUUUGAUCCCUUUAUUCAUGUUGGAACCUGCAGGCCAGACACAGCAGGUUAGCACACACCCCUUUUACUUCUGGGCCUGAGUUCUGACCAGCCUGAGGUGAUUAAACACUCCUGUCUGUUGGCUGUAAAUGGAAAUGAUCUUUGAGGGGUCUGAGCUCAGUUUCCUGUGAACAUAUGUCUACAAUACAUAAACACUUGUAUUUUACCCAUAGUCAGGGAAUCGUCUCCCAAGAGAUGAGUAAAGAUGAAGGAUGAGAGUAAUGAAAUUAUCUCAUUUGUGUGGGGAGGAACGGGUAAAGGCACUAUUCUGAGAUUGCCGUUGAGCCAGUUAUUAGUUGCACAUCAGCCAUCAAGUUGUGCUUAAAAUUAUUUUGCCUUACUGACCAACAUAAAGGCUGCACUUUGUUAAUAGCAAAAAAAAUCCCAUUUAAAUUGGGGUGACAAUCUAUAAGCAUUAAUUAUUUCUCUUCCUGAGUUAUUGCUGAAGUUUGGGAUUACCUGCCUGUUUGAGUGAUCCCAGCCAGACAUGUGAUCCAGGCAACUGGGCAAUCCCUUGCCCCCACCCAUCUCCACCCAACCCCCUCACCCAAGUAUUGCUGUUCAUCAGUAGAUUUAGUGAUAUUGUGAUAGAGGUAAUGAGGAAUAAACUGGAAGCAUGCAGCAUGUCUACCAACACUGAGAAAGGAAAACAGGUUAACCUUUUAGGUAGAAUGCCUUGGUCAGAAAUCAGUUCAUCCAGUUUUCUAUCAAACAGUUAAUGUGUUGUUUCUGCUUUGUUUUAGAUGCUGACCAGUCUGUUGUGUAUUUCCAGCAUUUCAGUUUUCUAUUUAUUAAUAGUGUAUUGUUCCUGAACCUCAGACUCACUUCCAACUGCAGGAUAUGUGAUCGAUCCCAGGCUACGGUACUGUGCAGUGGGAUUCUCAGCUAAAUGUACUGUUCAUGGGAUGGCCCUGAGUAAACACCCCUUUUUUUAGGUAGGACUGCAGUAUCUGAAUGACCUUAAAAAUCUCUGAAGCAAAUUAACUGUUUGCUGCACUUAACACUUCAUACUGCAGACUCCAAAUAUCUUCAUUGAUAGAGUAACAGCAUCUGUGGAAAAGAAUCUUUGCAGUCCUGGCUGUGAGUAAACCUUUUAUUCAUGACUGAAACACUUGUGAAUUGAGUCUUCCAUGACUGUUGACAAAAACCACUCUGAGACAUCAGAUAUUAAUAUAAAGGAUAGGGGUGAUUAAUUCUGAGUGAGUACAUACUGGCCUUGUUUUGAAAAUUCCUGGCAGUGCAAGGCAUUGCAUUAUAGUUGGAAUGGAUUCCAGGUGAAGGAAAUAUUAUUUAAUAAAAUUGCAUAUGCACUAUAGAAUUUUGCACUUAGAAGAGAUUUAACUGAAUGGAAAAAUCUUAAACUUGCCAGCGUUCAGUCACAUGGCCAAAUGUAUUGCUCUUUUUGUAACCUUCGCCUUUGUUGUAAAUCCUAGAAAUGCAUAUUAUUGUUUAAAAGAAAACAGAACCUCAGAUAACAAUGGACAUACAGCAUUUCAUCAGCUGGAGAGUCUUAUUCUGUACAGUGAUACACAAUGCACAUUUUGACAGAAUUUACUUAUUUUUGGUUGUAGAUGUAAUGACUGUAUAAUUCAUGAUGGUUUAACAUUUUCAGACAUGAUCACUUGAUUUAAAAGAAAUAAAAAGAUACACUGGCA